AUGGAAGAACGACAAAGCGCUGAAAGUCGUUUAAACGGCGUUGGUUCUAGAGCUUGUGGUGACAUGAGUCUCAAAGAUAAGGAAGGUCGCAGUCGUAGUUCUGAAGUUGGCGACCACCUGCUGAAGGCAGUCAUCGGAGGUCCGCUUAAAACAACACAUGAGGUUGCCCAAGAACUGGGCUUUGACCAGUCUACAGCUGUUUGCCAUUUGGAAAAAAUGAGAAAGAUGAAAAAGUUGAAGAAGUGUGUGAAGCAUGAACUGAGCUAG